AUGGGUCCAGUAAUUCUAGUCCACUGUGGUGUCUUAACAUCAAAGUUUGUGGAUGACACACCCAAUGACCAAGAUUCUGAAGCAGAGGACAAUCCUCGCUGGGUGACUCCCGGGACACCCCCAGACGCGGAUUCCAUCACCACGCAGGCCGAGCAGCGCAUGGGGAUGGGCUUGCAUGGGGUCUGGACCGCCACUGCCUUCCUCCCGCCGCGCGGAGCCACACCGGACGACCUCUUCGCGGCACGCCACGUCUUCGCCGGGAACGAGACGUACUGCUUCGUCCUCCGCCGCCGCCACGUCCCCACCUUGGGCAGCCUGCGCACGGCAGCAAUCUUCGUCGAUGGCGCGUGCUCGCACAACGGCGGCGGCGGACGUCGCGGCAUCAUCCCGCGCGGCGGGUGCGGCUUCAUCACGAAUCCGAGCCCGAACGGCCGGCACGCGUUCGCGCUGGAGCACGAAGGUCCGUCGGGCGGACUGUACACGCACACCAGCAACCGCGCCGAGCUGCGCGCCGCCGUCGCGGCGCUGCAGUUCCGCUACUGGGCCGCCGGCGGCUGGGAGCGCAUCGUGCUCAUCACCGACUCCCAGUACGUCGGCCGCCACGCCACGCACUGGCUGCGGGAAUGGUCCCAGCGUGGGUGGUGGUCCUACACGAGCAACCAGCCGAUCAAGAAUCGCGACUUGUGGGAGGCGCUGAGCGAGGAGAUGGGGAUGCUGGCGCGCCAGGGCUGCGAGGUCAGCUUCUGGGUGGUGCCGAGGCGGUGGAAUGCCGUUGCGGACGCCGCGGCGAAGUCGGCCGCGAGGGAAGUUGGAAGUGAGAAGUUUUUGAGGGCUUUUUGGCCCAAAUAG